GUGUGCCAUACCGCCUAAACGUAACCAUGCCGCCACCACCGAUCCCUGAGCGGAAGGAAGCCGUAAACCCACCGCCGAUCCCUAAGAAGAAGGAAGCGGUAGACUCACCGCCGAUCCCUGAGGGGAAGGAAGCGGUGAACCCACCGCCGAUCCCUGAGGGGAAGGAAGUGGUGAACCCACCGCCGAUCCCUGAGAAGAAGGAAGCGGUAACCCCAUCACCGAUCCCUGAGCGGAAGGAAGCGGUAAACCCACCGCCGAUCCCCGUCCGUAGCGGUCCUCGUCCGCCCGCUGGAGCAGUGGCCACAGCGAUGGUAUCAGGAGGGGAGGGGUUACCGUUUGCAGGAAAAACACAGCAUGAGCAACAGGAGGAGGAGGUUCAAGCACGCCCGAACAAUCCGUACGAACUAAUGGUGCAAGCUGGUGCAACGGUGACGGCAUCGUACCCAUUCCGUGGGGAAGAGAGUCUGCAACAGUUGUCUUUCGCGGUGGGAGAUGAGAUUCGCGUCAAACAAAAAGAAGAUAUGUGGAGUUGGGGCGUAUUAGUACGAGGGGGCAACGAAGGGUGGUUUCCUCAUAAUUACGUGGGUACCACGUUCAAGCCGCUACCAGGGAUACACGAGAUGGCUGCAAAGUUGAAAGCGCGAAACGAAAAGGCGGCUGCUGCGAAGGCUCGAGAAGACGAACCAAAUCCCCAGUCAGAAAACACGGAUCCUACGGCGUCAUCUCUAGACGACACAGCAGACCCCACAGCAGACGCCACAGCAGACGCCACAGCAGACGCCACAGCAGACGCCACAGCAGACGCAACAGGCUCAUCUCAAGACGCCACAUCGGGUGUCAAGUCAGCGCCUGGGGGUGAUGUCGUACCUGACGGCGCGACGUCAGACGAGACACACCCAAUUCCAAACGAACAUCCUCUGGACACUAGCACCGGCACCGGCACCGGCACAGCAGCAGUGUCUGAGGAUGUCGUACCAGGUCCUGCGGAUUGUGUUGCACGCGAAGACAAGGAAGUUGGCGGAGGCGUAGGCAACGAGGUCGAGCUCAAGACGACGCCGAAGACCGAGAAUGCGGUCAAAUCUGCAUUGGUAAGCGCGACUCCGUCGCUGCCGCCUUUUCUCAAGGGUCCCACGAACACGGCCGGUGCGGCGACGGCAGUUUUGCCGACAUCAGGGGCCGUGCGUGAAGCCGACAGCGCAGAAGUUAUCGACGCAACUCAAGUUCACGGAGUGGGUUUUGCAGGAGAGUCGCCUGCGACACGUACGGGGUGUAAGUGCACCGUCAUGUGACCACGAUUAAUGUUGGGGGUGCUGCGCUUAAUUCAGUCCAAAUAACGGUUCUGGAUUAAUAGUUUUCAAGUACUUCUGUUUCGCCCAAGCUCACGGCGGGAGUAGGGAGCGAGGCGAUGACCCCCUUGAGUUUCUUCCAGAACGUGCCCGAGUAAUACGUACGGUCGCUACCGAUUUAGCGAUAUCCUUGUUGGGGAAGCUCUACUGCGUCCAGGGCUUUUUGUUUUUCUGGGCCCGGAUGCUCGGACAUCUUAGGGUGGUGUGCUGCCUUUCAUGAGGCGGCGAGUUUUGUGGAUGAACGUUAUACCUGCUUUUCGGGAGUACGAAAUCGUCAGUCACACAGGCCACGGUCCACCAAAUAGGAAAUGUGUUCGUUUCGCGGUUCUUAACUCCAGUGUUAAUGAGGAAGGCGGCCUUACGUACCGUGAGAUUGCUCUUGGUUUAUUGGUUUCGCAUACAGGGUGCGGCGUCCAGGGUACAACUCGAAUACCGUGAGUUCUGUGCUCACGUUUGCUCCUGGAUGACACCUCUGCCUCUCGUGUUUCUCGUGUUUGUUUUGUCGUCGUUCCUCCCUCCUGCUUCCUGGGGCCGGCGUCCAAGGCACAGCUUGACUACGUAUUUUCUGUGCUCCUCACGAUUGCUGUUCGAUGGCGCCUCUGCCUGUUGUGCUAUUUUUGUCAUCCUUCCACGCUCCUGCUGCCUACUCACGUGUUGCUUCGUUGAUCAUGAUGAAAUUCGGCUUCGUUGUUCCUCAUCACCCGGCAGUGUGUGCCUGUGUGUACCCAAGUGGUCCAUAAUCAACGACUUGGUUAGUGCUUCAUCGCCUGUAAAGCUGCUGUAAAGUUCGGGUGAAACUUCCACACAAGUCAAGUGUGUGUGUGCGCAAUCGUCUUGAGAUCGUUUUUUCUGGCGUGGUUCGUGUUUGCGGUCUGUUGUUGUACGGUAGCAUUGACAUGCGUGGUUGCCCCUAUGUGGGAUCGGAAGUAAUUCGAAUGUUCCAACUAUUGUAAUGCCAGCAUAUCUCUAAACCGUUACUGCGACGCUGGUUUAAGACCACAGGCAUCAUCAAUCCGGCACAAAGCUGCCGCCCUAGUGCAUAAAAUGGGAAACCAAUGGGAACCAUCGAAGCUCUACGCAGGUGUCAAGAGGCAGUUGUGGAUGCCGCGCAGCACUUGCACGCUGGUGUCCACGCAGCAACUCUUCGUGGUUGCCCCUGACCUCCGAUUCUACGUUUUGUCGACCAAUGUCCAAUACUUCCACGCAGGCCCCGAGCAACUCCCGCUUCGGCAAAAGCUCUUACAAGGAAUCGGCUUCACACUUGAAGAAUUCGGGGCGUGGUUGGUCAGAGAAAACACAAUUCAACGCAGGCCUCACUCACCAGCUGUUUCAACCCAAACCUCAACCCUUUUGUGCUAGUCGGAAGUGGAAAUAUUUUCUGUGUUGAUGCACUGAAUGGGUAGACUAUUACAUCGCCGUGUAUUCCAGGAACCCGCACCAAGACGGCGCCAGCUCGAGUAAUUGUUCCAAAGCGCAAUUUUUUCAAGUGUGGGAAAACCAUGCAGAACAACCGAACGCGCUCUUUCUCCCGCCGUCGUCCUAAAAAUGGUCGCUAGAGAUAAAACCGGAUACCUCAAGUGGGCCCUUAGGGUUGGCCGGAAUGUGGAUCGGUAGCCCCCAACCAAACGUGUAGGAGCACGGUGGACAUCGAUGAGGUACAGGUACACAUACACAUCAUCGCGAACCCCCGAAAUCACUAAACCCCAUUGCGUUCAGGACAACGGUGUCAUCUUCGUCGUGCGCUGCACCACCGCCAGCAGGCACGUCAAUGGUACUGUCAAUGGAGCGGCUGCUGCUGGACCUUGCGAAUCGUGCAUCUCUUUCCGACUGUUCGCUUUUCGCCCCAGGCCCACCACCACACGCAUCAGGCUGUGCGCCCCAAUCUACGCUGUCGGCCACGUGAUUUUCAGGCGAAACCCCU